AGGAAAUCUGCGUCAGAUAGGUGUAGGCGCAUAUUAUUGUAUAGUGUUUUGAUAUUAUUCAAUAGUGUUUCGAAGUUAUUAUAUAGUGUUUCGAUAUUAUUUUAUAGUGUUUCGAUAUUAUUCUAUGUUAUGUGUUUCUAUAUUAUUCAACAGGUACUAUUCUAUGGUGACAAAGUGUUUUCGUUAUGGAGGAACAGUUAAUAGAAUAUGUAAGAGGAUACGAUCACUUAUUUAAUCCACGAAACAAGGAUUAUAGGGACCAGAAGGCCAGAAGAGAAGCUUGGGAGGAAAUCAGCGGAAAAAUUGGUAUUUCAGCUGACGUAUGCAAAGACACCUGGACAAAACUUCGGAAUGCUUAUACAAAUGCCAGAAAGAGAAGGAACACAAAAUCUGGUCAAGCAGCUAAGAAUACUCCGAAGUGGAAAUAUGAAGACCAAAUGUCGUUUUUGAUCCCAACAUUGGAACCACGGAGUACUCAUGGCAAUGUGGAACCACUUUCUCAAAGUGAUGGUGAUGUGGCUAGUGCGGUCAUCAAUGAAAAUACUGAAGAGGACUUAAACAUAAGCCAAAUAGACAAAACUGCAGCAUCAGAGAAGGGUGCCGAUGACAAUGGUAACCAAGAAACUACAAUUGCAGAUGGAAACAAUGGUGACCAACAAGUUGCUGGAAGUAAAUCAACUCCCAAACCAAAGUAUAGGAAAAGGCAGGCACUGGAUUCAUCCAUGAGUGAAAUAGUAAACAUUAUGAAGGAUAACAGCCGUAUGCGGGCCCAAAGUCUUCAACUUUCAGAAGGCCACAAAACCCAUAGAGACGAAACGGAAAUGUUUUUUUUAAGUAUUGCCAGCUCGGUUAAAAAAACUCAGUGCCAUUGAACAAGCCAGAGUAAAGAUGGAAAUAAGCAAUAUGGUGUUCAAGGCCCAGAUUCGGGAGAUGGAGCAGCAAAACCUUUAUCAAAACACUGCAUCUGGUCCCUUUCAUCUACCCGUAGUACCAAUUCCAUCUCCCUCUAACACAUCCUCCGUUACAUCGUUUGGUGAAUCAAACCCUAAUUGCUAUUCUACCUCGACUACAGCACCUUCUACCCCUUUUCCUGAAAUGGAAGACUCUAC